AUGUUUAGUCCGUUGACUUAUUCAUAUAUAGCGGAUGAUGAGUAUGAUACUCUUCCUCCGUUACCACCCCAGAUGAAAGCACCACCAAAAAAGGCAGCACAUCUAUUGGAUAUACCCACUGGUAACAAUCCAUGGACUGCUGUAUUAAAACAAGCAGAAAUGCGACGACGUAAACGUCGACAAACAACACCUGAACAUCCACGCCGAGCUUUAUUUUGUUUAUCACUUGAUAAUAAAUUACGUCGUACAUGCAUUAAAUUAGUUGAAUGGAAACCUUUCGAGUAUCUAGUAUUGUUUACAAUUUUUUGCAAUUGUGCAGCUUUAGCUCUUAGUAAACCAUUACCAAAUAAUGAUACAACUCCAACAAAUUCGAUUCUAGAACAAAUUGAAUAUAUUUUUUUGGCAAUAUUUACACUUGAGGUUAUAUUAAAAAUUAUUGCAUAUGGUUUAUGUCUGCAUCCAAAUGCCUAUUUAAGAAGUGGAUGGAAUUUACUUGAUUUUAUUAUUGUUGUUGUCGGAUUUUUGAGUGUAAUCUUGGUUCAAUAUAAUGUACAAGGUUUUGAUGUUAAAUCAUUACGAGCAUUUCGUGUGAUUCGACCGUUAAAACUUGUUAAUGGUGUACCAAGUUUACAAAUUGUAUUAAAUUCGAUAUUACGAGCUAUGUUGCCACUAUUACAUAUUGCUCUCUUAGUAUUAUUUGUCAUUAUUAUCUAUGCAAUUAUAGGCUUAGAAUUAUUCUGUGGUAAAAUGCAUAUGACUUGUUAUUAUAAUGGAACGAAUAUACUACCACGGAUGGAGGAAAUGAGGCCAUGUGGUGACAAAGGUCGAAAAUGUCCUGAUGGACAAGAAUGCAAAGAUAUUGGUUGGGAAGGUCCAUGGUAUGGAAUUAUCAAUUUUGAUAAUUUUGGCCUGGCCAUGUUAACAGUAUUUCAAUGUAUAACUAUGGAAGGAUGGACAUCGAUACUAUAUAAAAUGAAUGAUGCUAUUGGGCGUGAUUGGGCAUGGAUUUAUUUUGUAUCAUUAAUAAUAAUCGGAUCAUUUUUUGUAAUGAAUCUUGUAUUGGGUGUUCUAAGCGGUGAAUUCUCUAAAGAGAGAGAAAAAGCAAAACAACGAGGUGAUUUUCAAAAAUUAAGAGAAAUUCAAAUAAUCGAUGAAUCAUUUCGAAAUUACAUGGCAUGGAUAAGAAAAGCUGACACUCUUGAUGCAUCAGGUGAACCAGUAAAAAAACGAAGAAAUUUUGAAUCACAUUGCGGAUGGCUUUGUACAAAAUUACGUUAUUUUCGAAUUUUUCAUGCGUAUACUCGACGUCGUAUUCAUGCUAUAGUUAAAUCUCAAGCAUUCUAUUGGAUUGUUAUUGUACUUGUAUUAAUGAAUACAGGUGUAUUAGCAAGUGAAUAUUAUGGACAGCCAGAGUGGCUCACACAGACACAAGAAAUCGCAAAUCGAUUAUUCGUGUAUCUGUUCUCAUUUGAAAUGCUUCUUAAAAUGUAUUCACUUGGUAUAACUGGCUAUUUUGUAUCAAAUUUUAAUCGUUUUGAUUGUUUUGUUGUUAUCGCAUCAAUUAUUGAAUUUGUGCUUAUUUACAUUGAAUUUAUGCCAGCAUUAGGUAUAUCGGUGCUUCGUUGUGUACGUCUAUUACGUGUAUUUAAAGUAACACGGUAUUGGAUGGCACUAAGAAAUCUAGUGGCAUCUUUACUUAAUUCAAUGAAAUCUAUAGCAUCUUUGCUUUUACUAUUAUUCUUGUUUAUUGUCAUAUUUGCUCUAUUGGGUAUGCAAAUGUUUGGCGGAAAAUUCGAUCAUAUAUUUCUAGUCGAAGAAAAGCCAAGAAAUAAUUUUGAUUCGUUUUGGGGAGCACUUAUUACUGUUUUUCAGAUUUUAACCGGAGAGGAUUGGAAUGAAGUAUUAUAUACGGGUAUACGUGCGCUCGGUGGCCUUGGCCUAGUUGGUACUGUUGUAUGUUUUUAUUUUAUUAUUUUAUUUAUCUGUGGUAAUUAUAUAUUAUUGAACGUGUUUUUGGCUAUCGCCGUUGAUAAUUUGGCUGAUGCGGAAAAUUUAACAGCCGCUGAAGAGGAAGAACAAAAAAAAAAGGCACAAGCAAAACUAGGCGAAGAUGCUAAAUUAAAUGGAGAAGUGAAAGCAACAGAAACUGUUGAAGAACAAGUUAAUAUUGGUAAUUUUUGUUUUAUGUUUGACGUUGAUGAAGAUAAUUGUGAUUGUUUAGAUGAAAAAUUAAAUGAAGAAAAUCGCGUUGAAGAAAAUGAAACAAAACCAGAAGAAAACGAUAAUGAAAUCGAAGAAGAUGGCUUGAACGAAAAUGAAAUUAAUGAACCAGAAGAUGAAGAACAACAAACAGCCAGACCUCGGCGUGUAUCGGAAUUGAAUAUUGUUGAAAAAGUAAAACCGAUUCCACCCUAUUCAUCACUAUAUCUAUUUAAAACUACCAAUAAAUUUCGUAUAUUUUGCCAUCGUAUUUGUAAUCAUCGAACAUUUGGAUAUGUUGUACUUGCGUGUAUUUUAUUUUCAAGUAUUUCACUUGGUGCAGAAGAUCCGAUUGAUUCAUAUUCAUUACGAAAUAAGGCUCUCAAUAAGGCUGAUUAUUUUUUUGCAAUUGUUUUUAUCGUUGAAAUCUUUCUCAAAGUUGUUUCAUAUGGUUUAAUCUUGCAUCCAGGCUCAUUUUGUCGUAAUCGGUUUAAUAUUCUCGAUCUUGUUGUCGUGUCAGUUUCAUUAACUUCAAUGGUAAUAAAAGAUCGCGCAAUGUCUGUAGUUAAAAUUCUUCGAGUGCUUCGCGUACUUCGUCCACUACGUGCUAUUAAUCGUGCAAAGGGUCUUAAACAUGUUGUUCAAUGUGUUGUUGUUGCGAUAAAGACUAUUGGGAAUAUAAUGCUUGUAACAUUUCUUUUACAAUUUAUGUUUGCUUGUAUGGGAGUACAGCUUUUUAAAGGAACUUUCUAUUCAUGUACGGAUAAAUCUAUGUUAAAUAAAGAAGACUGCAGGGGCUAUUAUUUAAAAAUUACAGACAAUCAAAUUUAUAGAGAAGCUAGAGAAUGGUCAAAUUCAAAAUUUCAUUUUGAUAAUGUACCGCAAGCUUUAUUAACAUUAUUUACUGUUGCAACAUUUGAAGGAUGGCCAACUCUUUUACAUACGGCGAUUGAUUCCAAAGGUGAAGGUGAAGGACCAAUUUAUAAUUAUCGACCAUUUGUGGCUCCAUUUUUUGUUGCAUUCAUUAUUGUCAUUGCAUUUUUUAUGGUCAACAUAUUCGUCGGUUUCGUCAUCGUUACAUUUCAAAAUGAAGGAGAACAAGAAUACAAAAAUUGUGAAUUGGAUAAAAACCAACGUAAAUGUAUUGAAUUUGCUCUAAAAGCGCGGCCCAUAAAACGUUAUAUACCAGUUAAAAAAGUUCAACUGAAAAUCUGGUGGUUUGUAACAUCACCACCAUUUGAAUAUACUAUAUUUUCAUUAAUCAUGAUCAAUACAGUUGUACUCGCUAUGAAAUACAAUAAACAACCUGACAAUUAUUCGAAAGCUCUUGACUAUUUGAACAUCGUAUUCACAGCUAUAUUUGCUCUUGAAUUUCUUCUUAAAAUGGCUGCAUUCCAUUUCAGGAACUAUUUUAGUGAUCCAUCCAAUUGCUGUGAUUUUAUUAUUGUUGUUGGCAGUUUAAUUGACAUUCUUUAUACGGAUAUCAUAGCACCUGGUACCAAUGUUAUCAGUAUAAAUUUCUUUCGUUUAUUUCGUGUUAUGCGUUUGGUAAAAGUAUUAAGUCGUGGAGAAGGUAUUCGAACAUUACUAUGGACAUUCAUUAAAUCAUUUCAAGCAUUACCUUAUGUUGCUCUACUCAUUGCAAUGUUGUUUUUCAUUUAUGCCGUCAUUGGCAUGCAGAUGUUUGGCAAAAUAGCUUUGGAAGAAAAUACAGCCAUCAAUAUUAACAAUAAUUUUCAAACAUUUUUCAAUUCCUUACUUGUUCUUUUCCGUUCGGCAACAGGUGAAGGAUGGCAAGAAAUCAUGUAUGCUUGUGGGCCUAGUGCCAAUCCUAAAUGUGAUACUCGAUCACGAUCAUUUAACAAUGAAAGUUGUGGAAGUUAUUUUGCAAUACCCUAUUUUCUAUCAUUCUAUAUAUUAUGCUCAUUUCUGAUUAUCAACCUAUUUGUUGCCGUUAUAAUGGAUAAUUUCGAUUAUUUAACACGUGAUUGGUCUAUACUUGGUCCUCAUCAUCUCGAUGAAUUUGUUCGUCUUUGGUCCGAGUAUGAUCCUGAAGCCAAAGGACGUAUCAAACACCUCGAUGUUAUCACAUUAUUGAGAAAAAUUUCACCACCACUCGGUUUCGGCAAACUCUGCCCGCAUAGAAGGGCUUGUAAGAAAUUGGUUUCUAUGAAUAUGCCAUUGAAUCAAGAUGGAACUGUGAUGUUUAAUGCGACACUUUUUGCUUUAAUUCGAACAUCGUUAAAAAUCAAAACCGACGGAAAUAUUGAUCAAGCCAAUGAAGAGCUACGUGCUGUUAUAAGAAAAAUUUGGAAACGAACACCACAAAAAUUACUUGAUCAAAUCAUUCCACCACCGGGCUCAGAAGAUGAUGUUACAGUGGGAAAAUUUUAUGCCACAUUUCUUAUUCAAGAUUAUUUUCGGCGUUUCAAAAAACGUAAAGAACAAGCAGCGAAACAAAUUCAAUUAGGUUUUUCAGGCGCAAGUAAAAAUUCUGUUGCACUACAAGCCGGUCUACGACAAUUACAUGAUUUGGGACCUGAAAUAAGACGAGCUAUUUCAGGUGAUCUAGACGAUGAAGAAACAUUUAAUCGAUUUUGGCGUGAAGAAGAACCACAACAUCGUCGAGAUCAUUCAUUAUUCGGUACCAUGCUUGAUGCAUUUACACGUGCUAUACGAAAACCGCAGACAGCCAUGGGUUAUCUAACGGAAUAUAGAAUGGCUCAAGUAUCGCCACCUGGUACUCGUCUUCGACGUGAACCAGAUGGACCUGUAUCAAUCAGUAGUUCCACAAAUUAUCAUAUGCCAUCACCGUUUCGAGUCGGAGCUAUAUCAGCUGAUCGACGUGGAAUCGAGCCUGAUCAUUAUGUAUUUCAAGUACCUGAACAUGAAGAAGGUCCGUUAGGACCAUUAAGAUUAACUGAUCGCCGUGGAAAUAUUCGAAAAGAAAAUAGUAUUUACUUUCGUCAGCCCACUCAAACAUCAGAUAAUAACAGUCCAAACAUUGAUGAACUCUUACCAAGACGUCGUCGUCAUUCUGUAUUAGCACGUCUAUUUGCGCGACGUAAAAAAGAUAGUCAAGAAUCAUCGCUAGUCAAAGGAUCAACUAGUACUGAUGAAUCCAAUACACCUAAAACAUCCACGAUCAAUCGUGGACUACUGGUUGAAAAUGGUGAUACAGUACGAACACGAGCAAUCAACUUAAGUGGAUCGCUGCAACAUUCACAUAUGCCUACACAUCCCUCGGGAAUAUCUACAUCGAAUGAAAAUCAACAGCAAGAUUUUACAUCUUAUUCAACGCAAUCAAUAUCGAGAGAUGAUGUCGAAGAAUUAGUUAAUGCGUAUCUUGAUACAUCGGGUAUCGAUCGUCGUUAUAGUGCAAUAAUACUAGAAGAAUUACGUGAUUGUACAAAUUUAACGCCUGAUCAAAUGAGACAAGCUGCACACGAAAUAACAACAACGCUUGGUUCGAAUUCUCCUCAAUAUGCAUCUUUUGCAUCGUCAAUAUACGAUUCAGCUGCUACAGGCGUACCACCACCGGAUGAACUACUUUUCGAUUCAUUGAAUCAUUUUGCUAACGUGUGA